AAAAAACACUAUUUGAGUGCUAAGUAAAUAUUGUGCUGUGCAGUGACCUUAUGGACACUUUUUCUGAGCUCAUCCAGCUGCCAGAGAUUAUUAUUUUAUGCAUAUUUAUUCAUGUGGAGAGGAUGCGGAAUGCCAUUGCUAUACGUUUCUGUCAGUCUCAGAGAAAUCCAAACUGGGAUCUCUCAGAAGCAGCUCUAGAUCUAGAGAGGUAAAGCAAAAGCCUAUCUGCCAUCACUGGAUUCUAAUUAAUUAAUGGCUUUUAAAAUGUUUUUUCACCACCAGCACUUUGUACGUAGGUGUAGUUUUCCUGAAAGGUUCACACUGAGCUCUGCUGAGACACACAACCUUUACAGGUUUCUAUUUUACUUGGCAUUUGCAGUUUUUCCUCCUCGGCACAGGGACUGAGUGACCUUAGCAAUUGCCAGCAAGGGGACUCCAUAUGACGAAAGCAGGUGAAAGGGAAAAUAAGGGCGGAACUAGGUAAAGCCAAUUCAUACCUCAGAGGAGGUGUGGUCCUGUCCUCUACCUGGCUGUGCUCACAGUCUUGUGAAAUAUAAAAGGAGAAGGCAGUGGUUUCUUAAACAAUCUGGUGCCAGGAUCCUGUAGUGAGAAGGAAGGGAGGUGCUGGAAGAAAUGCAGAGCAAGAAGUCAAGAGUGUCAGCUGGGAAAGGUGUGGGACUCACCGGUGCUCUGAGCCUCAGGAACACCAUCAGCUCUUCCCUGAAGGCCUGUUCGCUGGGCUGAGGGUUGCAUGAUAGCUGCACUCCCUUCCCCAGCAGACUGGCUUAGAGGAGAACGGAGCUAUCAUGUCCCAAGGAGAAGCAGCAGGACGCGGCGCUGCCAAGCCCCAGGACCAGGGAUGGGCAUGGAUGGUCCUGCUGGCUGCAGUGGUGCUGCAGGGGCUGACGCUGGGCUUCUCCUCCUGCAUCGGUGUCUUCUUCACGGACCUCCAGCACGAGUUCCAGGCCAGCAACAGCGAGACAUCAUGGUUCCCGUCCAUCAUGGUGGCCGUGCUGCACGGAGGGGGGCCCCUCUGCAGCAUCCUGGUGAAGCGGUUUGGCUGCAGGUUUGUGGUGAUGCUGGGUGGGCUGCUCAGCGGGCUGGGAAUGGUGUCCAGCUCCUUCUGCAAGUCCAUCAGCCAGCUGUACCUCACAGCUGGCCUCAUCACUGGUCUGGGAUCAUGUUUCAGCUUCCAGGCAGGAGUGACUGUGUUGGGCUACUACUUUGUACGGUGGCGAGCACUGGCCAAUGCUGUGGCCUCCACUGGUGUCUCCCUCGGUUUCACGCUGUGGCCACUGCUGUCUCAAUACUUGCUGGAUGAGAUGGGUUGGAGAAACACCUUCCUCAUCUUUGGAGGAAUACUACUGAACUGCUGUGUUUGUGGAGCCAUCAUGAGACCCAUUCAGCUGGCAUCAGGGUCACUUCCACAGUCUUCCAAGCCCGAAGUGCAGCCAGGGAGUAGAGCAGAAGAGGCACAGCUGUCCAAUGGAGCAUCUCCUCACCACCCCACACUCCAGCAGCACACCAAAAGGACAAAAUGCUUCCAGAUGCUGCAGAAGUACCUGGCUUUUGACAUAUUCUGUCAAAACAAAGGUUACCAGAUUUACACUGUGGGAGUAACCUGGAUGAUGAUGGGGUUUGCCUUACCCCAUGUCUACCUUGUGCCUUAUGCCACCCACAAUGGCGUGGAGGAACGCAAGGCAGCCCUCCUCAUCUCCAUCAUCGGGUUCAUCAACAUCUUCAUCCGCCCUCUCACAGGGCUGCUCUCAGGACACAGAGUCUUCACAGGAAGACGCAUCUACCUGUUCAGCCUGGCCGUGCUCCUCUGCGGACUCAGCAAUUUCAUCUGUGUCAUUUCAGCUAAGUUCAGUGUGCUCAUCCUCUACUGCGUCGUCCUCAGCAUAGCCAUGAGUGGCGUCGGGGCGCUCACCUUCCAGGUGUUGAUGGAUGUGGUAGAGAUGGACAGGUUCUCCAGUGCUCUAGGGCUCUUCACCAUCCUAGAGAGCACCACCCUCCUCAUUGGGCCCCCGCUCACAGGUGUCCUGGUAGACAUAACCGGUGACUUCCACUACGUCUUUUACAACUCCAGCUUCUUCCUGAUAUCAGCUGCAUUAUUUAUGGGGCUCAGCUUCUGUGCUCUGGAAAACAAAAACAAAUUGAGAGAGGCUUCCAAAGCACAUUUGGACAGCCCCUCCAGAUAUCAAUACAGUGAAAUGUCAAGAGAACCAAAGGCUGUAAGUCAAUCCCCUCCAGUAAUUGAGUACAUCACGAGCAUAUAAAAAUAAAGAAGGGGGAAAAAGAGCAACACCUUGAAGUGGGGUCUGUACAAAGCAACACAUGGCCCAACACUGAUGGCAGAUCAGAAAAAAACCAGUCUGCUUUCCACUACUGUCAUCUUCCUUUUGCACUUGCACUCCACAGGGCCUUGUCAGACUCAGACUCUAAGACAGUGAUCCAGACCACGGGCCCAGCCCAGAACCCAGCACCAGCCAAGGAGAUGAAGCACAAAGAGAUCUGAGCUCUCCUAAAGCAAACCAUAGCAUAACAGCCAUGGGACCCAGUGCCAGGAGACAAAAGCUGGGAUAAUUCAAUUGGGUUAAGUCACCACCUUUAAGAAGUCACUGGAAUUUCACAAGCACAUUCCAGCUGGAAGUGCUGGAUAACAUGUAUUAAUGGGUAGUUCUUCACAAAUAAAUAUUUUUGCCUCAUCUGAAUAUGCAAUUUUGGUGCACAGGCUUCCUGUUUGCUUCCCAUGUUAGGGGUAGAAAGUUAAACACUUUCCACAGGAAGUGUGCUUCUAUUUUCCACAUCUCUAAAUAUUAUACAAAAGCAGCUGCAUGGGUUGUAGAACUCAGACAAAUCUCUAGUAAGAUCAACUAUUUUCUCCUAUGAAGCAUACACAGGAGUUCUUCAUGCCAAGGACAGUUUCAAAGCCUCAAAAUUCAACUCCAGAGACUCAAAAAAAAAACCCAUAAAACAACCCACCAUGCCUUGGAGUGCCUGCUUUGUAUGACUACUGAUAUCUCAAGUGCAGUUUAAUAUAUCAUAAAACAGGAUUCAUGGCUCAUGUAAACACACUUCAGCAUUAACUGGAACCCAUUUGGGGCAGGGAGGGUGAUAUCAGACCUAAGGAUAAGGAUAUUCAUCCUUUUAUAGGGCAAAAUACAAAGCAAUUGUAGUUCCUCUUUGUAGAGAUCAAUUCAGCUCUUUAGUCUUAGACUUUUGAGCCUAAUUACAUUAGCAUUCUCAUUACAGAAAACUUUGUACAAAUAUAACUUAUAUUUCUUAUAAGCACAUGCAGAACUUAAAAAGAAAUCUGUGGGGAAAGCAUACUGAGAAAAGCCAGUGUUGCUGACUUUCUAUCCAUACAGCCUCGACUGUAAGUGGCUUUCUCUGCCACAUUCCCAGGAUUUAGGCUUGUCACUGCUCAAUGGCUGCAGCAGCCUCAGCAUCAGCUCAAGAUGCAAACUGUUCGUAUUCUGUGUCAUCCCUGAUACGAUAGUUGCAGAUAACAGCUGAUGAAGCACACAGAUAAAGAUAACCCAACACGAUGGAAGCACAAAAUGGGAGUGAAACAGAUGAAGUAACAGCUUUCAAUGGAACUGCAGUGCCUGUCUCAGGACUGUUAUCUCAAACUCAGCUGCAGUGCUUAUCUGGAGAACUAACCUGUCACAUUCCUAGCGACAAACCCACAGCUUUCAUUAUUGCUCCCCUGAUAAAAGAAACAAAACAAUUAAAACAAUCCCACUCUGGAUGAAACCAUUGGAAAACUGACUCCAAGGUCUUCAGAGACUACGAUGACUUCACAGGUAGCUUUUACACAGAAGGGGCAUCAGCACUUCAGAAGGGCUUCUGCUCCCACAGCUCAGUAUCUUCUCCAAUACUGUCCUGAGAUUACAGUCCCAGGAGGAUUUGCAUUUCCUGAUCAAACCUAUACUUAAAUAAGAUGUUUAGGGGGAGAUAUACAUAUCUGAUCUCUCAUCACAUGUGUUUAUUAACUUAUGCAAUGCUUACAUGAUCCAUAACUAUGAAGUAAACAGGGACUGGUGCUUCUCAGUCUACCAAAAGAGACUGCUGUACAUUCCUAGGAAAAUGAGGAGCAUCUCUGAAAAAAGCAAUAAAAAGGGAUUAAGUCCCAAAUUUCUUCUAGCUAUUGCAAAUAAACAGCUAAGCAGCUGAA